AUGAUUACUACGAGACUUCAGAAAAUUAUAACUGCUUGUGAAGUUUUAUUAAAUGCCACUAGCGCUGUAAAGACUUCAACUACUGCUGCGUCUGCAGGAGGAGUGCUGUCAAAGAUCAUUACUGCUGGAAAAUAUUCUAAAGGUUUUGCAUAUGCAGGUGCAGCAAUCUCUGCAAUAGAUAUUGUUUUAACAUGGACACUUGAUAAUGAAACGCUUGAAGAAUUCAAGAGUCAAAUUAAGAAUAAAAAAAUGUUACUCAAUGAAGAGAGCAGAGAGCUUCGGGAUUUAAAAAUUAUCUCCCCAAGAUAA